AAUAUACACAAAUAUUAAUACUACUGUGUAAAGACAAGGAUAUUUCGUGUGCUGCUAUGUUUAAAUUAAGUACCCAAAUUGGAGUACAGAAUAAUGCCUUUAUAUUUAUGUAACCGCUUUACCAAACAUCUAAUCAAAAGAGUAUCAACGAAAUCAUCUACAGUUUUUAAAAUACUGUGAAUAAAAUGAUAAGAAUACUACAUUCUUCGUGAUCUAAGGAGGAAGGAUUUAUACGAACAGUAUAUACAUAUUUAUAUGACAAAAUUGUCUAAUGGAUAUAUUGUGGAUAAAGCCAAUGGAAAUAAAUUUAAGUUUUAAACGUAAUUUAUGGGAAAGUGAAAAAAUAUAAAUAUAUUUAUAUUGAAACUAGAAGGCUGAAAUUUUAGGAUUCUUGGUAAUUAUACAAAGGCAGAACACGUGAAAUCUUUACGAAAGUGGUAUUUAGGACACAGUCAACACAACCAAAUAAAGCUGAAUAAAUGAGACUGACUAUAACAUUAAGUUUUGAAAAUAGUCUAAGUAGUGUCUAAGACGGUUAAAGCUAAAAUAUAUAAAAAAAAUCGAAUAGUGUUUACAGAAAAACAAUAGAGGCCAAGCCAACAUUUUACCAUAUUCUCUGUCUGGGAUUUUAUUUGCAUAAUCACUUUAUAUGCAUUGAAAUAUCCUGUGUUUUCGUAAUACAAUUACAACAUACACAAUGCUUAAGAGAUUUAAAUAUAUUGACGCAACCGUUGGUCUAGUUAACUCUAAUAAUCAAGCAUCAACAGAAACGGGGCCCUGUUCUGAUAAAAAUAUUUCAGCUAAGAAUAAUUUGUCAUAUAUAAAAUUGAUAAAAACAGAGCCUAUUGAUUUAGAAAUGGCAUAUGUGGAAUCAAACGAUUCAAAAGAAUAUCGUUUAGAAAAUAUAUCGCAAACUAAAUUAAUGAAAAAGUCAAAAGUAAAUGAAUCUGUACUGAAGUCCACAAUAGCACCUUCAGUGAAUUACCAACACGUGCAGAUACAAACUGUCCAACCGAGGCAACCGGGAGUAAAUUUACUUAAUAGUUCUAAUGCUAUGCAAAAAGUUACAUUGACCCCACGUUUGGAGGUGAUUAAUAGGUCUACAUCUAACGAUGGGGGAAGUGAUAUUGGUAAUAUCAUAAGGCAAGCUUAUACUUCCCAACAGCACAUUUCCAGAGACCAAUCUCAGCCUCCACAUUCUUUCCAUACAAGUGCGCGGAUAGAACAAGGAGUUUUACAACGUCAACAAUCGGAUUCCAUAACUGGACCGCAAAUUAUAAUUUCCCGACAACCAUCAAAUAUUGUGUCUCCUACUCCUUUACAGCGUCGUCAUUCUGCAAGUCCUUCACAUUGCGAAGGGAAUCCAUCUUUUGCAAGUUUAAGUAAUAAUUCGGAUUGUGUAUCUUCUUCUCCACCUCCAUCUCUUCGAACUUUACAACAAUAUUCAUCAAAUCGUUCGCCGCAACCAUCACCACCACCGUUGUCCUUACAACAUCAUGUACGGGUUAUAAGAGAUGGUCGGUUAUAUGAAGAAGCUGUUCCAAGACCAGUUCACUCUUCUGGACAAUCCGAAUCUCCCCCUCCGUUGUUACACCAUCACCAAUCUCGAUCAGCUCCCGUUUCACCGGUUGUACCUCGUCGAUAUUCUAUUUCCCCACAAGAUGUUACGACAUCAUCUUUAUUCCAACAACAAACUAUUGAAAAACAUCAAGGGCAUUCACAAGUCGUGGUUAAUAAUAAUAAACACGAAAUUCAUAUAUCAGAUACUUUAGGACACUUUCAAAGGAAGAAAAUAAUUUCUCCUCCUCUUCCAUCUUCCACAUCUCUUCAUACAUCGGUUAUUGCAACAGAUCCAUCAUCCACCCAAGUUUUGAUGGAAACUCCUUCGACAACACUAAGUAAUUCUCAUUCGCACCGGUAUGCACUUUCAUCAUCAGCACGAAAAUAUAUUGUUACCACUAAUACACCACAAUCGAGCUCAAUACCAACAAGCAUUCUACGACAACAACAUGUUAAAUUUGUUCAACACAAGCACCAAAUUCCCCAAUAUCAAGAAGAUGGAAAUACUUCGUUACAAUUGACAGCUGCCACAUCUUCUUCAACAUCAACUGGGACUCGAAACUUUCGUUUACCUGUGGUUACUAGUAGCAGCAGAUGCACUAAUAUUGGCACCAACGACCAACAAUUUCAUAGCCACACUAACACUGCCAUGCGUCCGCCUCCACCUCCACCUCCAAAGAUCAAAAACUCGUGCUCUUCUAUCAAUUUACCCACUAGCAACAAUGGGGGAACUUCCACUAGCGAGGAGCCGUCCAGCUCAAUUCCAGAUUUGGAAUUUGAUGGUACAACAGUACUAUGCCGUGUCUGUGGUGAUAAAGCGUCUGGUUUUCAUUACGGUGUACAUUCCUGUGAAGGUUGUAAGGGAUUUUUUCGGCGCUCUAUUCAGCAAAAAAUUCAGUACCGUCCGUGUACUAAAAACCAACAAUGUAGCAUUUUACGAAUUAACCGUAAUCGCUGCCAAUAUUGUCGGUUAAAAAAAUGCAUUGCAGUAGGAAUGAGUCGUGAUGCGGUUCGUUUUGGCCGAGUCCCAAAACGUGAGAAAGCGAGAAUAUUAGCUGCUAUGCAGCAAAGUACACAAAAUCGUGGUCAACAACGUGCGCUGGCAGGAGAACUAGAUGAUCAACCAAGACUUAUAGCUGCUGUACUUCGAGCUCAUUUAGAAACUUGUGAGUUUACAAAGGAAAAAGUUUCUGCAAUGCGUCAAAGAGCAAGAGACUGCCCGUCAUAUUCGAUGCCAACUCUAUUGGCAUGUCCUCUGAAUCCUGCUCCUGAGUUACAAUCAGAGCAAGAGUUUUCCCAACGAUUUGCCCAUGUCAUACGUGGCGUUAUUGACUUUGCGGGUAUGAUACCUGGUUUUCAACUGCUUACACAAGACGACAAAUUUACUUUGCUAAAGGCAGGCCUUUUCGAUGCGCUGUUCGUACGUUUGAUUUGCAUGUUUGAUUCCUCUAUCAAUAGUAUUAUAUGUUUAAAUGGACAAGUUAUGCGCCGCGAUGCAAUACAGAAUGGAGCAAACGCACGUUUUUUAGUGGAUUCCACAUUUAAUUUUGCUGAGCGAAUGAAUUCCAUGAAUUUAUCAGAUGCAGAAAUUGGACUAUUUUGUGCAAUCGUUCUUAUCACACCAGAUAGACCGGGCUUACGAAACAUCGAAUUAAUCGAAAAGAUGUACAGUCGAUUAAAAGGUUGUUUGCAAAAAGUUAUAAGUCAGAACCGUGCUGAUCAACCGGAUUUCAUGUCUAAAUUGUUGGACACAAUGCCCGAUUUGCGAACACUUAGCACACUGCAUACAGAGAAAUUGGUAGUUUUUCGUACGGAACACAAAGAGCUUUUACGCCAGCAAAUGUGGACAAUGGACGAUGAGCAAUCAACGAAUAUUAAGAGUCCUGUUAUCAAUUGGGAUGAUGCUCGUAUGGACGUUGAAGCCAAAAGCCCUCUUGGUUCAGUAUCAAGUACUGAAUCAGUAGAUUUGGAAUACAGCACCUCCUCUACCACAUCAGCGCCACACCAUCGCGUUAAUAAUCUAGAACAGCAACCGUCAGCAUUAGCUUCGUCAACUCCUUUGUUAGCGGCAACAUUAUCUGGUCCAUGUCCUCUACGUAACAGAGCCAACUCUGGCUCAUCCGGCGAUUCUACCACUGAAAUGGACAUUAUGGGCUCCCAUGCACACCUUACCCAGAAUGGGUUAACAAUCACUCCAAUUGUUCGAUCGCAUUCCCACCAACAAUUGCAUCAUCAUUUGACUACUGGCGCGCCAAACAGAUAUCGCAAACUAGACUCACCAACUGAUUCAGGCAUCGAAUCCGGUAAUGAAAAGAAUGAUUGUGUUAUCAAAGCUGUAAGCUCUGGAGGCAGUUCUUCUUGCUCUAGCCCACGUUCUAGUGUAGAUGAUGCAUUAGAUUGCACAGAUACACCUACAGCAAGCACCAGUCAAGCUAAAUUAUCUGUUUCUCCUGUUCGUUCACCUAAACCCAUCGCUCCAACAUCCACCUCAUCUUUAACUGGAAUAGUUAGUACGCCAAAUUCCCUCAAACGUCAAAUAGUCGAAGAUAUGCCAGUAUUGAAGCGAGUAUUAGAAGCGCCGCCACUUUACGAUACCAAUUCAUUAAUGGAUGAAGCUUACAAGCCACAUAAAAAAUUUCGAGCAUUACGACAUCGUGAAAUCGAAAUUGCAGAGGCAGAUCCAAGUUCCACAUCUAAUAAUUCUUUAAAUACAGAGAAAAUAACCACACCAAAAGCAGAUGCAAAUAACACGGUACAAAGUUCGCAAGUGGCUACAGCAGCAAGUAGUCCACCGCCGUUUAUUCAAUCAACGAGUACAGCUUCUACUCCAUUUGUUACUUCUCAUUGUACAGUAACAACAGCGUCGUCUCCACAUUCCCACGCUAUAACAGGAAGUUCUUUAAACAGUCAUCAGCAGAGUCAGCUGCAUAUGCAUUUGACACGUCAAACGAGUUCGAAUCAUAAUACUAGUAGCAAUGGUAACCAUACUAGUAAUGUACCGCCACAACAGCAAUCUUCUUUAUCUAGUACACAUUCAGUGCUCGCUAAAUCCCUGAUGGCUGAACCACGUAUGACGCCUGAACAAAUAAAAAGAUCUGAUAUCAUCCAAAACUACAUUAUGCGCGAUCAAGCAUCAUGUUCUUCAGGUUCAUUGAUUCCUGGCACUCCAACCCAUACCAGAACACGAAGCCCAGCACCAGUGCAGCAUCUAUCCCCAAUGAAUCAGACUUCCCACCAUUAUACAUCUAUUGCUUCCCCAUCUUCAAGUAAUUCUCCAACUUGUUCAAGUACAGUAUGCAGUUCAUCUUCGACUACAACAAUAACUUUAACUUCACCACCAAACUCUAUUAACCCAACUGUUACACGAUGGCACGGUCAUUCGGUUAUAACGACAACAAACAUCAACCAGCGCCAGCAAUCUGUUUCGCCAAGUAGUAAUGGGUCAUCUUCAUCAUCAUCUUCAUUAAAUGGCUGUCAAUAUUUUCAAUCUCCACACUCCACAUCAGCUGCAGUAUCUCCCCCUCGCCCUUCGCCAUCAGCUAUUCAUUCACCCCCACGCUUAUUGGAAUUGCAAGUGGACAUUUCCGAUUCACAACAACCGUUGAAUUUGUCAAAAAAGUCACCAACACCACCUCCAAAUAAGUUGCAGGCAUUGGUAGCGGCAGCAACUGCGGUACAAAAAUAUCCUACCGUUUCUGCCGAUGUAACUGUUACACCGGCUAAAACUGAAAGUUCGCAAACUGUAACCACUGUGCCGGCAAAUAGUACGCAGCAACUACAGGUCAUGCUGGAAGCGUAAGCUUAAUACACAUAUGAGUUAGUGAAUAAUUUCGCUAUAUAAUUUUAUGUAAAGAAUGCACCAGUAUAAAAGAUAUUUUGAGAUUAUUCGAAAGAAAAUAUAAAAUGUGCAUGGUAUGAUAUUAAGAGGAAAAUUUGGAUUUGUACCAAAACCUAAAAGUUAAUAAGAUUAGGUAACAAAAAAGAGAGAGACUGAAUAUUCAUGUAUGUAUAUAUAAAAAAUAUGAAAUAUUUUAAAGUAUUGAUGCAAGAUGGAUAUGCUACUUGACGUGAAUGAAUUAAUACGUUUUUGGGACGAUCUUUAAUUAACAAAAAAAAAAAAAUAAAUAAACACAGAAA